AUGGAUUUAUCCCGUGAUCCUGCAAGUGAAUCGACUGUAGAUGUGGAGCGAAUUAUGUCGCUGGGUCCUGUGAGACCGAAAUUAGACUUUCCAAGAACAACGUUUGGUGCAAAAUCGCUACGAUUUCAGGAAAGGUGGUAUGCUUUGUAUGAUUGGCUCGAGUAUUCGGAAGAGAAAGACGCAGUAUUUUGUUUCUGUUGCAGAGUAUUUGGGAAUCAAGUGGGUUGUUCAGAAACUGUGUUCGUGAAGGAAGGCUUUAGAAAUUGGAAAAACGCAGUCGGAAGCGAAGGAAGGUUAGAAAAACAUAGCAAGUCAAGGAUGCAUCAGUUAAGUAGAGAAAGGGCCAUCUAUAGGAAAACAUGCGUGCCAAUCAACGCUCAGCUUUCUGCUGUAGCGGCUGAAAACAUAUCCAGAAAACAACAAGAAAGAAAAGAAAAUAGAGAAGUAGCCGAAGUUAUUUUUGAUGUCGUUCGUCACCUCAUUCUUCAAAACGAAGCUUUUCGGGGCCAUGAUGAAAAAGAUUCGUCCUUAAACCAGGGGAAAUUCCUAGCGGAAAUCAAGUUUCUCGCAAAGUAUCAUCCUCCGCUGCAAAAAUGGCUUGACACACAUCCUGGAAAUGUCUCGUGGAUCAGUCCCGAUAUUCAAAACGAAAUGAUAGAAAUUUUAGCAAAUCACAUUUUGGAUAUUAUAAAGAUACAAGUUCAGGAAAGCAAGUACUAUUCGGUUGAAUGUGAUGAAGUAACCAGUCAUAAGCACUCAUAUAUGUCAAUUGUGUUGCGUUAUGUGUUUAACAACAUCAUCUAUGAACGCGUGAUAGGGCUCAAGAAAGUAGUUAGUUUCACAGGGAAAUCGUUAUGCGAUGUAUUAGUUCAAGAACUGGGCAAGUUACAAAUACCACUUUGUAACAUGGUUGGGAAAGGUUUCGACGACGCCAGUAAUAUGUCGGGAAAAGAAAAAGGCAUGCAGCAGCAAUUAACCGAUGCUGGAGCAACUCUUUCCUUAUACUUCCACUGUUUUGCCCACUGCCUGAAUUUAGUCCUUGAGAAGUGCGCUGAAACCUUGCAGCCUGUGAAAGAUGUUUUUUCGACGAUUGGGGCAAUCUACAAAGUCAUGGAAGGGUCACCACAACGAAACGCCGUUUAUGAAAGAAAGCUAGAAUUAUUUUCCAUUAAAGAUGGAAGAACUGCUCUUCGUGCCUUUUCUGACACUCGUUGGACGGCUAAGGCGGACAAUCUUAAUGCUACGAUAAACACUUUACCAGCAUUGAUUGCCACUCUAGAAGAGCUUAAAUCAUCUGAUGCCACUUGUGAAGGCCUAUUGAAUAAAAUUAGUUCGUUCGAGUUCCUCCUGCAAUUGCUGAUUUUGAAAGAGUUCUUUGAAUUUUCAAGGUACGCCUCAGAAUAUCUUCAAAGAGAAGAAAUGGACUUAGUGACCGCUGUGGAUGCGGUAACUUCGCUAAUCGCUAAAUUUUCUUCUUUCCGGAAUGAGGAGAAAUUUGCCGAGUUUGUGCGCACUGCUGAAUCCAAGGCAGUCGAAUUUCAAGUUGAAGAUUCAUUUAGAGAUCCCAUCAACAAACGCCGUAGAACGCUUCCAAAUCGUCUAGCUGAUGGGCAAACAUUGCUUGAUGCAUCAUUCAGUCACCACGUUGCCUCCUCAACUCAAAACAGCACAACAGUGUCAUUAGAAAGUAAAUUUCGCACUGAUUUUUACUAUUGUCUGCUUGAUCUGCUGCUGACGGAGCUGAAGAGGCGAUUUUCAGUAGAAUCUUGUGAAGUCUUGGUACAAUUCUCGGCAUUCAAUCCAGCGCGUUGGAGUGAUGAUAAUAGAGAAAAGGUGAAGAGUUUGGCAAGAAGAUACGCAAUCCCAGAGGAAGCAACCUGUCGGGAAUAUUCCUUGUUUCGAGAGUCUGGAUGCUUUCGCAGUUUGAUGGAGGAGAUGGAAACACGCAAGAAGCAGGGGUGGAAGAACCCUUACCUUCCAUUAAUAUUAAAGAAGUUUGGUGAAAGUGAUCAUGCUGGCCUUUAUCCCAACCUUUACAGAAUUAUUUGUAUUGCGGCCACCAUUCCAGUUACAAUAGCUUCAUGCGAAAGAUGCCACAGCAAAGUUAAAAUUAUCAACAAUUAUAUGAGAGCAACCAUGGGUGAAGAUCGACUUGAGAGCUUGGUUCUUGUUAGUAGCGAAAGAGAUGUAGCCGAAGAUAUUAAGUUAGAUUCUCUUGUCGAUAUAUUUGCUUUGAAGCCUAGAAAACUUCCACUGUAA